CGGAGGGUGAGAGGGGAAUUUUUUUUUUUAUGUUAUGCAAUAUCGGUAAAUAUUGGUUAUCAGCCGCAGCUGCAAUGAAAAUAUUGGAUUUUGGUAUUGGGCCAAAUUUUUAUAUCAGUGCAAUCCUUACAACUCAUCGCACAAAAAACACCAGCAUCAAUACCAAAGUUGCACACUCCAGAUAGAACCAGCAUUAAAUAGAAUGCAAAAUGAAUUUGAAAUAGGUUUCUAGUGUCAAGGGGUUGUUAAACACACACUCAGGUUCUUUGUCUCCUAUGUCUCAAAUGAGUCCCUUCUUACCCAGGAACUCUUUUUGAAACAUACGGAUCAAAUUACCCUGCAGCAUGCUAGGAUUUCCCUCUCAUCUCAUACCUUGGCUUUUAUGUAUGGAACAAAGACUGCAAGCCUUAAGAUGGAUGCUGCAUCUGCCAGCAGCCACAGCACAUUCUCAUCCUCUGUACAGACUUCAAAUAACACUGUUUUUCCAUUUGCCUUCCACGCUGUGUUCCCGUGCCAAGGAAAAGCCUGUGUCCUCAAAUGCCUGCUGGAUAUUCAUAAAGUCUUCAGAGAGAACGACCCAGCCUACAUACUGAAUGACUUGUACAUCACGGAUUACUGCAUCUGGAUCCAGAGGGUCAGUUCCAAGAAGAUGUUGGAGUUGGCCAGUAUGCUGCAACACACCUUGCUUCAGAAGAAAGAUUUGGAGCUGGAGCUUGAUGAACUUGAGAGUGCGGCGAGGAUCGUGGUGGAGGAAGAAGAACAAGCUUCUACAGAGAGCAGCAGCAGUGAUUCAUCCAGCGAGAGCGAAGAGUCUGAAGCUGAAGAACAGGGCUGCUCUGACUCCAAGCAGGGAGGUGGAGAAACAUGUAAAGACAGCCCCUCGGAGCCCAGCUCCUCCCCCUCCUCUCCCAUCCCCGUCUUAUCCUCCAUUGCGCUCUCCCCAUCAGUAAACAGGAAAGCAGGCGUUGAGAGUUCAGACUCACAGGGCCACAGGCAGCUGAUCCAGGAUCUGGGGAGACAGAUGACAGAGGAGAUGAGGAUCUCUGCAGAUUCCUGCUCCUUUGGAGCAGGAGAGAUGUUGUUCGCUGAUGAGUGACGCUGCAGCGGAGGCAGAGGAACCAUCUGGGAGCAGCAGCAGCUGUAGUAGUGGGACUUUAUUAGAGGAGAGUCCUUGCAAAACCCCCCUGCUCAGACCAAGGCUUCAUAAGCUAGAUACAAAACCAUAUGGAGCUUCAAAUCUUCAAGAAUUAGUUCUGUUCUUGUAAAGAAAGUUAUUUUUGUUAAAUUCUUUCAUAUUUUAUUGCUAUACAUAUUUGACUUAAUGCAGUAAAAAUAUAAUGUUGUAACUUACAUACUUCGGACUUUAUGUGCUUCAAACAAGAAAUUCAUAAUGACUUACAUUUGAUGUGUGUUUGUAAAGGUUUGUCCAGCCAAUACCAAAUGUAUCCAAUCUAGAUACAUCAGCUUCAUGCAAAGUUAUGUCAGAUUUGAUGAAUUUUGGACUCUUCUAAUAAAGAACUUUGGAAUUUCAA